AAGAGAGAGAGUGGGACGCAUCUUCCAUCUUCUUUCCAUGGCUGCUCUGCUCUCUGCUCUCUCUGUCAAUGUCUCAAUUGAUCGAUGUUUCUCUUCUCUUGUCAAAUAUAUGUAUGUAUAUAUAUAUAUAUAUGUUGCUCUGAUCAGGAUGGAUCAAUAUUCAUUAUUAGAGAGUUAGUUAAUUAAAACUGUAAAUCAAUUAAUUAAGCACAUGAAAACAGUCUACUAGCACUGCAGAUCAUCAUGUCGAGAUCAGUGCUGCUGCUUCUGGUUCUAGUCGUCGUCGUCGUCUUCUUCUUCUUCGUCCCCGUGGCCAUAUCUCGACCUCUGCUGUACAACGGUUCCGGCAGCUGGAACCCGAUGAUAAUUGCAGAUGGCCGGGGGGAUGAUCCUGAAGUAGAAACCACGUCGUCGUCGGGGGGCUGUGAGGAGAUGUACGGAUUCCUGCCGUGCGCUACGACGGCGGGGGGGCAGUUGUUCCUGAUCGUGGUGUACGAGUACCUGCUCUUCCACGCCGAGUCCUACCUGGGGGCCGGCGGCGACCGGAUCUUCAAAAUCCUCGGCCCCGGCGUCUUCGGCGCCACUGCUUUUCAGCUCAUCGGCUCCCUCCCGGAGGCCCUCAUUCUUCUCGCGUCGGGGCUUUGGAGCAGCAGCGAAGAGGGGGCUCAAGAGUGCGUGGUGACGGGGUUGGGUUUGCUGGCGGGGUCGUCCACGUUGCUCCUCACCGUCGUGUGGGGCGCCUGCGUCUUCCUCGCCGCCCGUCGACCCUCCCCCUCUCCCGAGCCCACCCGCCUGGAGAGAUUAUUCCUGCGGGGGUGUGGCGGCGCUGUGACCGUGACCGUGACGGACGCGAGGACGAGCUACACCGCCCGGAUCAUGCUGCUCUCGGGCAUCCCGUUGGCGAUGAUCCAGAUCCCAGGCGCCCUCAGCCUCUCCUACCGGCUGCGGAGGGCUUUUCUGCUCCUCACCCUCCUGUUCUCCCUCCUCCUCCUGCUUUCCUACUUCUUCUACCAGAUCUGCGAGCCAUGGAUCCAAGAGCGGCGGCUGCUCUACAUAAAGCACGAGCACUUGGUGGUGGAUGUCCUCAAUCACUUCCAGAACCGCACCAUGGGCAACCUCCUCACCGACAAUGGCUCGCCAAACAUACACACCAUCACAAGGGUGUUCGCGGAGAGGGACUCCGACGGAGAUAGGGCCAUCACCUUCUCGGAGCUGAAGGCAUUCCUUGAAGAGACGACGUCGACGACGACCAAGCUGGGGAAAAUCCAGCCAGGCGGCGACAAGGACAGGACCGCGGCGGAGAUCAUGAAGGAGUUCGACCGGGACAGCGACGACAAGAUCACGCUGGACGAGUUCGUGGAGGGGAUGAGAAAAUGGAUCUAUGAAUCCAAGGAUGCCAUGAACAAACGGUACCACUCCCUCAAGUCGCUCAAGGACCUGUACCAGGUUCUGAAGCCCUGGAUCCAAAAGAAAAGGGAAGAGCGAGAGAUGAUGCGGCAUCUAAUUCCCGACAUUGUGGAUCAUCUCCAGCACUUCGCCUACGGCAACCUCUUGACGGAGGAUGGGAGUCCCGACGUUGCCGCUCUCAAGAGGUUGUUCAAAGACAUCGAUCUCGACAACGACGACUGCAUAUCGUACGAGGAGCUGAAGCAGCUGGUGAGCAGCAUCGUGAUCCCCCCCUACGACUCCGACAUGGCGGCCUCCAGAAUGAUGGAGGAGCUGGACGUAAACAAGGACCGCACCAUCAACGAGGAUGAGUUCGUGUCCGGCUUGUCCCGAUGGCUGACCGCGCCUCACUGCCAUCCAAACACCGCAUCAAUGAUCAUCGAUCAAGAGGCCACCGAGGAAGAAAACUACCAGAAAACGUGGGAGCAGACAGACAGGCUGGUGGCGCACAAGCUGGUGGACCAGUCGGCGCGGGCGUGGGCAAAAGCCAUCGGCCUGCUGGUGGUCGGGGUUGUGAUGCUGGGCGCCCUGGCCGAGCCCCUCGUACAAAGCGUACGGGGCCUGUCCAAGGCUGCCCGCGUGCCCCCAUUCUACAUAGCCUUCGUGCUCGUCCCGCUCGCCACCACCGCCCGCCUCGCCGUCUCCGCUCUCAAGGAGGCCCGCCAGAAGAAGCUGCCCACCACAUCGCUAACACUGUCCGAGAUCUACGGGACGGUGUUCAUGAAUAACGUGCUGGGAAUGGUGGUCCUGCUCUCGCUGAUAUACUUCCGGCCUGGUCUGGAGUGGGAGUUCUCGGCGGAGGUUCUGAUGGUUCUGGCGGUGUCGGCGGUCAUCGGGUGCGUGGCGAGCUUCAACAGAGUCUUCCCGGUUUGGGCAUCCAUCUUGGCUUGCCUCAUGUAUCCUCUCUCCUUGCUUCUGCUCUACUUCCUUGCCGGAGGAGGAGCAGAUUCCAACUGGCUCUCCGGCGGCCACUACUCCUCCUUAUCAUCCUAAUCCAAAUGACUCCUCCUCCGAUCCUAAACCUCCCAUGACCUUUUAUUUAUUUACUUUGCAUUCUUUCAUUGUCUGAGAAUAUUAAGGUGUAUUUGUCUCUGAAAAAUUUAGAUAGAUUUGAUUUUACGUUUGGAUUUAUUCGAAUUUUAAGAUAGAUUUUAGAAAGUUGGUUCUGGAUUUAUAGGUAUGAUUUUGAAUUUUAUGAUUUUGAUUUUUAUGUGUAAUCAUUAAUAGUAAAU